AUGGUGGAACAUGUGUUACAAUCAGCGACACGUGACACGGGUGGAAUGGUGGAAUCACCGUAAAUUAACCCUAUGUUCUUCCCGUAAGGUAGGUAUAUCGGAACGCGCAUUCUAACUUCUGUUCCUGUUCCUUAUCUGAUUGAUUAAAGUCUUCUGAUGCAAACCUUCUCGCGUGGGAUUCCUUUCCUGGGGCCGAAGAACUUCAACUCUUCGCACAAACAGCCCACCCGAGCGUCUGGCAGGGGAUAGGAAGUCGAACUAGCAUCCCGCCUACGAAGCAAAGGCCACCUGGGGUUGUUUGCUUCUUCAUCUCCUCUUCAGGACCUACAGCGUCCCGGAUCCCAUCAAAAUUGUGCGGGUGACAAGUAGAUUGAAUUCAUAUUUUCCAUGGCUUCCUACAGGCGGCCUCUGCAAAUACCAGCUAAAUGUGCUCAAUUGUCCUCAUCCAUGGCGUUGCCAAGUCGCACCCGAUGGCUUAGCCUAUGUCGCUCGCAUACAUUUCAUCCUGGUUCCCCUGGACUUUGGACCAAUGAUGGAACUUGAAAGACGUUGGAAGCGAUUUUAGCUUCAUAUUUCAGUUUCAAUUCUUGAAUUCUUAGGUUGAAACUGUUGAUGUGGCUGUAGUAGGGCUUGCUCUGUUCUGCGGUUUACUUCUUCGUUGCAUUGUUUUUUUGAGGUCGCCUCACCCCUCGACCAUUUUGUACGGGUAUCUUGCAAAUUGCCAUUCUUACUUAAAAGGCUGGAUACCCGUAGCUCAGUAGGAGUUUCUCUUCAUUCUCCAUCAAUUGGCAUUCUCCUAACAAGUUCGAAAGGCAGAAACGAGCACCAAGAAAACAACGACCACAUUUAAUGCCAGAAAAGCAAAUAUGUCUCUGACUCGCUUCAUUUUCGCCCUUACCCUCUUACUUCAACUCGUCUCUGCUCAUUUCUCCGUUAAAUAUCCUUUCUGGCGUGGUAAUUCCUAUUCAACUCAGUGGGAGAGACCAUGCGGAGGUGUCAAUGUGACAACCAACCGAACGGAAUGGCCCGUUAACGGCGGCUCUCUCCUCUUCAAUCCUACCCACCCCUGGGCCAUAACCUACGUGAACCUUGGCCUUGGUUCUGACCAGUCAGUUAUCUUCAAUAUUUCUUUGGUUGACGCGUUCAAUCAAACCGGGAAUGGCACAUUCUGCUUCCCAAAAAUCGAAAUUCCAGGAGGGUUGGGCAUCACCGCUGGGUCCAAUGCGAGCGUUCAAGUUAUCCAAUUAUCGAAACUGGGGUCCGCAUUGUAUAAUUGUGCCGAUAUCACCUUUGCCGACGACGUCGAGCUUCUCUCUGCCGAUAUGUGCACCAACUCUUCAGGCAUCGGCUGGAUGCCCAUUGGCGCAGCAGCAGCCACAAACAAUACUCCUCCCGACAGUGGGGUGGGAGCAACACUUUCAAUCGACCAAACCGCUAAGACCUUGGGUCUUGGUGCGAUUAUGGCGCUGCUAUUCUGGAACUUGCAGUUCUAGUCCAAGGGCCGUCAACAGCCCAGAACGCCAAAAAUUCCCGAGUCUUGAAUACGGAUAUUUCUUACUAUACGCACACCAUUAACUAAAAAUAGGAACUUGCUUGCUACUUGAAUAGUUUAUGGUGAAUGGGUGAAUGGGUGAUUGGUGACUUCAUUUAUUUCGAGACAUGUCUCGAUGGAAAGAAACUAUGUAUAUGUACUGGCAGAAGCGAGAAUUGGGCGAAGAUAUUGCAAUAUCUAUCGAACCCAUACUUGGCUCUAUACUCUCAAAAACAUAUUCCGUGCAAAGCGAUUUUGUAAGUAAUGGAGCAGCUACUACUCAAAGUCAAAUAGCGAUGAUUCUUUAUCAAGAUCGCAACUAGAUAACUUUGCAGUAGUAGGGAAUCAAACGUCAAACAAGGAAAGACAACAAUCGUCAGAUCAUUCCAGUGACCGAGAUUCUGACCGCAGUUUGCAAGGAGGUCUAAAAUUCCUCAGAGAUCCAGUAAGGUACACGAUAACGAAUGAAAUAUGAUGUCAUGUCAGCUAGCUGUGGAAGCCAAAGUGAGGUUGUGAAGGAGGUUGAACAUUGCAAUUGGGGCCUUUCGUCCUGCAUAUUGUUCACCUUUCUUUCGAAGUGGUUCACGCAGUAGUUAAUGCUGCCUCAGCAAUUUCUCCCUUUGUGGCUGCUUUUGUUGUCAUGCUUCAUAGGGAGCUUGAAUUGACCAAUAUUCUCAAAGAUCGAGAGUAGGAAGAAAUUGACUGGGUGCAUGUAUUGCCCAGAUUUUGGAACAAUGUUAAGACGUCCACACUCCUGUUCCCUAGGGCCUUUUUAUUCCGACUCCGGGUAGAUUGGAAUAGAGAUAUCGCAUGCUACUCGCCCAUUCAACUGUCUCCCCAUGAAUUCUCCGACGUCGACCCUUAUCUACACCCCUGACCCUAAUUCGAGUGGUCUAUGUGUCCGGCAAUUUCUACAUCUAUUUUGUGCCAUC